AUGUUCCGGCGAGUACGCGUCUUAGUCGUCUCUUACAGUCCACAAAGUCAACAAUGGAAGCCGCAUCUGCAACUUCCUUCCCAUACAUAAUCCCUUUCAAUGGCUUCGCUUCCGUUUGUAAAUCCUUACAAUUCCGAUUUCUUUCUCUGAUUUUGUUCUAAUCACCAAAAUGAAACCUCACGAUUUCUCCUUCUUGAUCCGAGUUCUUUUGAUUCUCUUGUUUCGUUUUGUAAUUCAGUCUGCGGCUGAUCCGAGAGCCACUGAGGUGGCUCUCAUAUGUUCGAACAACACCGCUUCGCCGCUGGAGCGAUCUACCUUCGUGACGAAUUUCUUGGCGACGAUGGAUGCGGUUACUCCUCUUAUUGCUUCACAGCGAUUUGCAAACGUUGUGAACGGGACUGGAAAUACGACGGUUUAUGCGUUUGGUCAGUGUAUGAAUGAUCUUACUCAAUCGGACUGCGAUCUCUGUUUCGCGCAGAUGAAAACUCAGAUCCUGCGGUGUCUUCCCUUUCAGCUUGCUACUCGCGGAGGUAGACUGUUCUAUGAUGGAUGCUAUGUUAGGUAUGAUUAUUAUAAUUUCUUCAAUGAAUCUUUGAGUGCUGUGGAUAGGCCUGUAUGUGGGAAGGUGGAUUAUGGAGGGAAUCGGACCAUUUUUAGUGAUAACGCUAUGAAAUUAGCGAGGAAUUUGAGUGUAGUAGCGCCCAAGAACGAUGGAUUUGCUGUAGGAUUGGUGGAUUUUAGGAAUGUCUCGGUUUAUGGAUUGGCUCAGUGUUGGAAAUUUGUGAGAGGGGAUUCUUGCUCGAAGUGUUUGGCUGAUGCAGCUAAGGAAAUUGCUACCUGUCCUCCAAAAGCCGAUGGAAGGGUGCUGAAUGCUGGCUGCUUCUUCAGAUAUUCAACUGAACGAUUCUACUUCAAUAGCACGGCGACCGCCACCGGAGGAAAUGGAAGGAGUCGUCUAGCGAUAAUUUUGGCUUCGGUAUCGGCUGCUGUGGCUGCUGCAUUGAUUUUUGCAACGGCUGUUUUCUGUGCCAGAAGGAAAGUAGUGAGGAAGCGCAGAGAGAAGAAGCACCUUGGUCCUCUUGUGGCUCUUGUUAACAAGUCCAAGCUUAAUUUUUCAUACGAGACCCUUGAGAGGGCCACUAAUUACUUCGACCAAUCCAAUAAACUUGGACAAGGAGGCUCUGGUUCAGUUUAUAAGGGAACUCUGUCAGAUGGUCGAGUCGUAGCAAUCAAGAGGCUGUUCUUCAACACGAGACAAUGGGUGGAUCAUUUCUUUAAUGAAGUAAACUUGAUAAGUGGCAUCCGACACAAAAAUCUUGUCGGGCUGUUGGGAUGCAGUAUUACUGGUCCUGAAAGCCUCCUUGUUUAUGAAUAUGUGCCAAAUCAAAGCCUGCACGAUUACCUUUUUGGUAACAAGAACGUGCAGCCACUGAGUUGGGCAUCCAGGUUUAAGAUUGUGUUGGGAACAGCUGAAGGGUUGGCUUAUCUUCAUGAGGAGUCAGAUUUGAAAAUCAUUCAUCGGGACAUAAAGUUGAGCAAUAUUCUACUGGACAAUGAUUUCACUCCAAAGAUUGCUGAUUUUGGACUUGCUAGAAUGCUUCCUGAAGAUAAGACACACAUUAGCACUGCAAUUGCUGGCACACUAGGUUACAUGGCUCCCGAGUAUGUAGUACGUGGCAAGUUGUCUGAGAAGGCCGAUGUUUACAGUUUUGGAGUUUUUGCCAUUGAAGUUAUCACAGGAAGGAGGAAUGGUCACUUCUAUCAAGAUUCAACCUCCAUCUUACAAAGGGUAUGGAAUUUUUAUGGAGAGGGAAGGCUAUAUGCAGCUGUCGAUCCUACCCUUGGAGGCGAUUAUCCACGAGACCAAGCGUCGUGGUUGCUUCAAAUAGGUCUAGUUUGUGUGCAAGCCUUUGCUGACUUAAGGCCAUCCAUGUCAAUGGUUGUGAAAAUGCUUAAUGGAAACUAUGAGAUUCCCCAGCCAAAACAGCCUCCAUAUCUUCAUCCUUCAAGCGGAGACAUCAAAAAACACAAUUCAUCAGACUCAUCCAAUCCCAAUCUCUACUCCAACUCGAAAAAUUCACAAACUAGCAUGACUCAAAGCAUCAUCGAUCCUAGAUGAGUGUUGUUCCUGUGAAAUGAUGCCAGACCUUGUAUAUAACAUACUACUCUACAACCUAAUUACAGGCAUAACUUAGCCAUAGUUUUUCCCAAUUGUGUCAUACUCCCAAGUCCCACCUCGCCAACGCCGUCUGUCUAGACCGUCACGCUUCUCAUCGACUACGUUAUAACGACUCAACAUUCCGAUCUGACCUGAGGGACUAUGUCUUUGUGAGUUAGGUAAGUGGUAUUUGUAUGGUGUAAGGUCCAAGCUUUGUUCUUGCAGAGAACAUUGAGACUUGAGUCCAUGUAAUCUAAUAAUGCGAGGAAAUUAUCAGCUUCUAACUGUCUCUGCACAUUUAGGAUAACUGUAAACUUCUUGUUCUUAGAAAUUUGAAGAGUAGGCAUGCCAGAAA